AUGUAUGAAGACAAAAAGAGGGCUCUGGAUGACAGACGGAAGCUGUGGGACACUGAAGAGAAACGUCUGAGAGAGAACAUCCUGCAGCAACGCAGACAGCAAGUACAGGAAGCUACCGAGCGCUUCCAAAGAGCCCAUCUUCCUCCUCCUCAGAGAUACAGGCAACCUCUCACAAGAAAUGCUCCGAAUAUUGAGGAUGCACUCAGUCAAAUUCAGGGCAGCUUGGGUUCACACGCCCAGCAGCCCUCUCUCUUGUCCACACAUAUUAGCAGAGGCAGCACUCCAUCACCUACGCCUCCCACAGCUCCUAGAUUGUCUCAUCGCCGAGCCCUCUCUGCAGUGGAGGCUUACAGUAAACUGCUUCAGGAGCAAUGCAGGAUCGAGACGCUUCACAAUCACAACCUGCAGGGCAGCCAUGACUCUGAUUCUUCUGAGAGCCUUUCAAGUAAGGACAGCUUGGAGGAUGAGGACUCCAACCAAAGCACAUCAGACCUGCAGUGUUCUCGCUCGUUGUUUUCUCCUGACUCAGAGAAGACCCACGCAGCGCUACAAAAGCAAAGUGAACUGUGUCCAACCUCAGCUUCUUUCUCAGCGAUGGUGCUUCUUGAUGAAAAUCUAGCCCUGCUAAGAAAACUGCAUGAACCCCAGCAGGAAACACAAGAAGACUCUAAAUGGGUUAACAAUGGGACUGUUGACGCUGAAGCUUUGUGGGAUUUCACUUCUAUUGCGAAAAUACCUAAAACAGAGAACCACGCCACACCAAACAAUAACUUAUUAGCUCUUUGUAAACUUCCUAAAGAAGAUCCAGAUUACUCUGAAGUCAAAUCCUUACAAACAAAUCACAAUGACAGCGUCCUCAUGAAAAAUAGGGUUGUUCUUGGCAACCCAGAUGAGUCUCCAUGUUCCAGACAAGAGGCUCUGUUGGAUCUCAGAGAACGGAGGAUCCACGAUGACAGUCACUUAAAAUAUCCAUCAUCUACAGAUGCUUCUUUCCCUUCCAAAAAUGGUAGCAGCAAAGACAUUUUGUUUGAGACUCCCCUAAAAAACAACAUGGCAGAUAUAUUCACCAACAACAGAACCCUUUUGCCCACGAAAAAAGAAAACUUUACGUCGUCUCGGAUAAAUUCCUGCGCCUCCAUAAAUAAUCUCAACAAAGUUUCAAACUCGGAAAGUAAAACUGAGAAGGCCAUAAACGGAGUGUUCCUGCCAAACGCAAGCUUGUCCAAGAUUCAGUCAGAAACGCACAAGUGUCCUGAGGAAGACGAGAAAAGUUUUCCUGUUUCAGGGGCCACACCUCAUUCAGUUUGUAAAGUCAAACUCGUCAAAGGGAUUCUUAAAAAGCAGUCCAAAAAUAUGCCAGGAGAUACUUGUUGCAUGCACGACUCAGACCGUUUGAUUUUUGCCAGCCAUGUAGCACUAGCGUUAAGAGAUAGCGUUGAAUUAACAAGAGCAAAAUCAAAAGAUCAGGAGGUCAACACUGUAAAAAAGAAGCUGCGUUGGUUUGACGAGGUCUUUACAGGAAAAGACCACCAGCCGAGCCUCACUAAAGAGUCAAGGUCUCCCAAGCCGGGACCCAGCAUGACCCCUGCAGCCUCCACUGGCUAUCACUUUACAAAAGAAGCAUGGGCAGAUGUUGGGGUUCAAGUCAACUUGCCCCAGGAACGAGCCGACGGGGUCAAGGCGGCGCAUAGCAGUGCCAAGAACAGUGGCUCGAAAAUCCCUCAGAGAGCUCGCCCUUCCAGACCUGGAGGGGGUCCUGUUUGCUUGCGGACAAGAAAGGGCACUGCUAUACGACCCCAAUCUGCCACUGAGGUGAGUCAGAUUGCCAAAGCCCAAGGGAAGAUCAUGGCGCCGCGCCCACCUCCUCGAACAGAGCCCGUGGAAGAAAAAACGCAGCACGUCAACAAGACUCCAUACGGCAUGAAACACGUCGGCAGCAGCUAUAAACAGGCCCUGGUUAUAGAGGAGGACCUGCCCAAGAACCACUCAGUGAGAAUAGUCUCACCUAAGACACGUGAUGUAAUCUCAACAGAUAGGACUGUUGUGUACACAGCUCUGCCACGCUCCCGCACCUGCUUCUUGUCGGGGGGUAACACAAAAGGCACGCCCAUUUCAGGUCAUCGAGACUUUCACCAGAACAGUGGAAGAGGGCUGCUGUUCAGAGAAAAAGGCUUUUGUUUGGAUGUCACACCCACAGAUGAAGAGAUUUCACAGCUCUGGCACGGCGUCCGCAGUGCCCUAAACACAAAAGAGGACGAAAGCUCGCUUGAAAGGCAAGCCGUGGAGAAACGUGACCAGAGCAGGCAGCCUCCUGGCUCGGCAAACAGAAGACUUCUUCAGACCUCUCAGCAUAUAAAGCAGAACUUUGAGCUACUCAGAACAUGUUCAAGUACUCACAACACAGCCUUAAAUGAAGGUUUCGAGUCUGCAGCGCAGAUACAGCUGGCAGAGGGCCUGUGGAAAGAGAAUCAGACUGGAGGUCCCAUGGAGAUCGCUCAGACACUGAGGCCCGUAACAGAGCAGCAGCGCCGCCAACAGCAGGAGAUCACCACCAUUUCCUUGGAGGAGAAGAAAAUCCUGCUGUCUCUCGAAAAACUGAACCACCAGCUGCACAAUUUGCAGGAACACGUGGGGCAUAAUGCUGGCACACGUAGUCUUGCAAUUAUUGACACACCCUUUACAAACGAAGUGACAGUUACAAAUUACAAGCACCGUGCUACCUCAGCAAACUCCGUUCCAUACCAGAAGAAAGUCUGA